CGCAAACACCUCCCUCCCUCUCUAAAAAACAAGAAACCUCAAAAACUGUAUGCAAUAAACUAAACUAAAACAAAGAUCAUUUUAAAAAAUAAAAAUGGCACUACCUCUCUCUACCGCUUGCAUCUCCAAAUCUUUGACACGAACUAACCCAACAACCCCCUUCAAUUCCACUCCCUUUUCACUCACCAAAACCUUAAACACAAAAGAACCAACUAGAAGAGCUCUAAAGACCUCUCCUUUACAUGUAGCAGCACCUCCUCAGUCACCACCAUCUUUACGAAAAGAAGAAGAAACAGAGUACGGAGUUGAUGAUGAGAGUGGAGAGGAGGUUAAUGAUUCUAAAUUCACUUGGAAGGAUCAUUGGUACCCUGUUUCUUCACUUAAGGAUCUGGACCCUCUCCUGCCAACCCCAUUUCAGCUUCUGGUUCGUGACCUAGUUCUUUGGUUUGAUAAAGCUAAUCAAGAAUGGGUUGCUUUUGAUGAUCAAUGUCCCCAUAGACUUGCCCCUUUGUCAGUAAGGCGGAUUGAUGAAAAUGGGCACCUGCAAUGUUCAUAUCGUGGAUGGUCAUUUGAUGGGUGUGGAUGGUGCGCACAAAUUCCUCAGGCUAUGCCUGAAGGCCCUGAAGCUCAUGCAGUCAAGUCUCCAAGAGCUUAUGCUACCAGAUCUCCUACAAUGGUGUCCCAAGGUCUGCUCUUUGUUUGGCCAGAUGAGAAUGGUUGGGAAAGAGCUCAAGCCAGCAAACCCCUCAUGUUACCUGCUGACUUAGAUAAACCUGAGUUCUCAACGGUGAUAAUUCAGCAUGAUUUGCUCUACUGUUAUGAUACCAUCUUGGAGAAUGUUUCUGACCCUUCGCAGAUUGAUUUUUCUCACCACAAGGUUACAGGAAGGAGAGAUAGAGCCAAGCCUUUGCCGUUUAAGGUGGAGUCUAGUGGCUCCUGGGGCUUUGCUGGAACCAAUGAUGGGAACCCACGGAUCAGUGCUGAGUUUGUCGCACCUUGUUACUAUAUGAAUAAGUGGUUCCAAGAUGGCAUGAACAUUGGACUUCAAAUAAGGUAUAUGAUGGAGAUAUGAUCGUCUUUCAGGGCAAGAGAAGAUAUUUCUUUCACAAUCCAUGGGAGGUCCUGCUGCUCAUGUUCACACACACUCAAGCAGAUCGCUUUGUUUUGGCAUUUCGUAGUUGGCUGAGGUGACAUGGCAACAGUCAACCUGUGCGGUUUGUGUUCACUGACCAACAACCUUUGCCAUCAAAUCCUGGAUACACACACACACACACACACACAAGUACUCCAAAAGCAAUGCACAUGGAAGUGGAAUAAUCACUGAAACUGACAGAAUUACAGUAAUGGUGUUAGUGAGAUGGCAGCGAUAUCAUAAUGAAUUUCCUACUGCAGCUAUUAUCAUCUAACCCUAAAAAUGAAAUCUUCUCGUACUUUCAUAUAGUAUUGGAAUGUUAUCACAAGUUGUACUUUUCAUGAAAUUGUUGGCUUCUUCAAAGAAACGAGUAUAGUUCACCAAAUUUAAGCGGCUCUGGUGUGUAUCAAUCAAAUCCUGUAGGUAGCGAGGAUUGAACUUAUUCCUGAUACUUCUUGUUUGCUUCAUGUAUUUUAUCUUGCAGGUGUUGGAUAGAUUUGAGCCACACACGCGAAAGUGCUCGUCGUGUAAAAGGGCUUAUGAAUUCCAGACACUGCAAAAGUUUUUAAUAGGUGCAACUGUUGCCUUCUGUGCAACAGCUGGGAUUCCCUCAGAUCAAUUUCGAGCUGUUUUGGCUGCCCUUGCACUAGUCAGUGCUGGCCUCGCCUACACUUUGAAUCAGCAUGAAAAGAACUUUGUGUUUAUUGAUUAUGUACAUGCUGAAAUUGAUUAGAGAGAAGAUUGUGUUAGCUAGGUGACCUUAUACAUGCUGAUAUAGUGUAGAGUUUUGAUGUAGCUUAUAGCGUUCAAGAUAAAAAUAGAUGUACUCAAAGCCAAGGUGACUGUUCGAACGUGUAGCGUGAUGCUUUUAGCUUUUGAGAUGGAGGCGUAAGCGGGGGUUUGUUGUUUUUUAAA